AUGUGUUAUGUAGCAGUCGGUGUCGAGCUUUCAACCGAACCACUCAAGCGGAGUCAAGCAGGUACAAAAACUCUGAUUGGCAUGGAAUAUGAGGCUCUGCCGCGGAGCCGUUCCGACCUUCGCGUGUUGGUUGUGACUGUGUACCCUUUGGCACAACUGUUGUGUGCCAAGGCCACGCAACUAAGGAGCAACCUCACAGGCAUCAUCUCGAUUAGCUUCUCGCCUACCGGUUCGGUUGUCAGACUCGGAGAUAUCCGGUGCCUCUGCCCUUAUGAGCCAGAAAACGACACGUACAACGUCGGAUACUUUGAUAUCUACCGGGUUAUUGGACGGGCGAUGCCUCCGAUCGGAUAUCUGCGUCCUGCUGCUGCUGGAACUGGUGGGGAAAAGGUCCAUGAAUCAGUACAGCGGUACACCCUGCGCUACGGUAAGCCGGAGAGUUGCUUGAAGUGA